AUGCUCUUUAAGUUUGUGAUGGUUGUCUUGGGUGGGGAUGGUGGUGGUACCAUGGAAAGGAGGAGGGGAUCUCGAUAUAUGGAUGAGAUGGAGCGGUUUGUUAAGAAGAUAGUGGAUCUGAUGCGAGAGGAAUCACUCUUCUGUUGGCAAGGUGGUCCAAUCAUUAUGUUGCAGAUUGAGAAUGAAUAUGGAAAUGUUGAAAGCUCUUUUGGUCAUCAUGGGAAGGACUAUGUCAAAUGGGCAGCUACCAUGGCUCUUGGACUAGGUGCUGGUGUUCCAUGGGUUAUGUGCAAGCAAGUUGAUGCACCAGAAUUCAUCAUAGAUUCCUGCAAUGGAUACUAUUGCGAUGAUUUCAGGCCCAAUUCCAACAAGAAACCGGCAGUUUGGACCGAAAAUUGGGAUGGAUGGUAUACGAGUUGGGGUGGAAGAGUGCCACAUAGGCCUGCUGAAGAUAUUGCAUUUGCAGUUGCUCGCUUUUUUCAACGCGGGGGAAGCUUUCAAAACUAUUAUAUGUGCCUGUUACCAAUUCUUUGGAUGGUUCCCUACGAGUAA